GUUGACGAAUGACGUGCAUCACGUGAUUACAAUCGACUUCGGAGGAGGUUUGGGGCCACGAGGUUGAACCUUAAUUGUGUAUCAUUUAAUUUUACCCGGCGAGAAGAUUUUGUGUACAAAAUAAGGACAUGCCGUCAAGUAAUCCUUUACCGCCAAAGGAAAAUGCCUUAUUUAAGCGAAUUUUAAGAUGUUACGAACAAAAGCAAUACAAGAACGGAUUAAAAUUUGCCAAGCAAAUUUUAUCGAAUUCCAAGUUUACAGAGCAUGGAGAAACGUUGGCCAUGAAAGGUUUGACAUUAAAUUGCUUGGGACGUAAAGAUGAAGCCUACGAGUAUGUCAGGCGAGGUUUGCGAAACGACUUACGUUCUCACGUCUGCUGGCACGUUUACGGACUUUUACAAAGAUCUGACAAGAAGUACGAUGAGGCGAUUAAGUGUUACAGAAACGCACUCAAGUGGGAGAAAGAUAAUAUUCAAAUUCUACGCGAUUUGUCACUUCUUCAAAUACAGAUGAGAGACCUGGAAGGAUAUCGGGAUACACGUUAUCAGCUCCUAAUGUUACGACCUACACAGCGAGCAUCAUGGAUCGGUUACGCAAUGUCAUUUCAUUUGCUGGGGGACUACAAAAGUGCACUAAAUAUUUUAGAAACGUUUUUAGACCAACAACAAAAAGGGAACAAUUACGAUUACGAACACAGCGAGCUACUUCUCUAUCAAAAUAUGGUCAUACACGAAUCGGGCGAUUUGAAACGGGCGCUGCUCCACUUGGAAAAACGCGAAGAUCAAAUUUUGGAUAAAUUAACGUUAAAGGAAAUUUUAGGCGAAUUAAACUUAGACCUCGAGCAAUACGAGAAAGCGACGAAGUACUACGAACAGCUAAUGAGGAGAAAUCCGGAGAAGACGACGUACUAUUACAAAUUAAUCCAAGCUCGAGAACUAGUUAAAUCGGAAGAUAUUGUACAGUUUUAUUUAGUUUUAGGCGAUUUAUAUCCGAAGUCGAACCCGCCGAAGCGCCUACCUUUAAAUUACGCCGUCGGCGAUCAAUUUAAAACCUUAGUCGAUAGUUACUUAAGACAAGGUUUGAGGAAGGGCGUACCGCCUUUGUUCGUCGAUUUACGUUCUGUAUAUACGGAUAAGAGCAAAGUUGAAAUCAUUGAGCAAUUGUUGUUACAAUACACCGAUGCCUUAAAGUCAAUUGGAAAGUUCGCCGAGACCGAAGUGAAUAACGGCCCUAAGGAACCAGCGUCGGCGUUACUUUGGGUUUACUAUUUCCUCGCGCAGCACUACGAUUAUCUGGAUCAAACCGAAAAGGCUUUAAUGUACAUAGAUGCGGCUUUGGAGCAUACGCCUACGCUUAUAGAGUUGUUCGUCACAAAAGGACGAAUCUACAAGCACGCGGGCGACCCGUACGAAGCGUGCAAGUGGUUGGACGAAGCCCAAGCUCUCGACACCGCCGACCGAUAUAUCAACUCGAAGUGUGCGAAGUACAUGCUACGAGCCAACAAGCUAAAGGAGGCGGAGGAGAUCUGUUCGAAAUUUACCCGCGAGGGCGUAUCCGCGAUGGAGAACUUAAACGAGAUGCAGUGCAUGUGGUUUCAGACGGAGUGCGCGUUAGCUUACCAAAGAUUAGGAAAGUACGGGGAGGCGCUGAAAAAAUGUCACGAAGUCGAUCGGCAUUUUUCGGAAAUAAUCGAGGAUCAGUUCGAUUUUCAUACGUAUUGCAUGCGUAAAAUGACAUUGUGUUCGUAUGUCAGACUGCUGAGAUUGGAGGACGUGUUGAGGGGGCAUCCGUUUUAUUUUAAGGCUGCGCGUUGUGCCAUCGAGGUGUAUUUGCAUCUCUUCGAUGAACCGGUCAAGGACGAAAAUACGGAGCAAGAGUUAAAUAUCGAAUAA